GCAAAAAUAUGGCGGCCAGUUAUCGAUUUCGAAACCUGUUUGAAAUUUAUCUGUAGUUUUCAUUCAGAAAAACUCGAACAACUCAAGUCGAUGGUUUUUGUGAUGCCUGAGAAUGAAGAAAAUUCUACAUUUCACCUCUUACCUCAUCAUUAGAAACAAAAUUUUAGCUUGAAUAAGCUAAAACUGUUCUGAGAUCACUUCCGGCUUCAGUGUGUAUGUGAAUAGUCGCAGGAUUAUUUUGUAACCUUGUGGUGAAUGUUUGAAGGGAAAUCCAGAAUGUCUAAACGCAAAAGUGAAGAUCCAGGUCUAGGUGGGAUCAAGUAUUUCAAAAAAGAACAAAGUGAGAAUUCUAAGGAAAAAUCCUGGAUGUCUAAAUGCAAAAAUGAAGAUCCAGGUCCAGGUGGGAUCAAGUUUUUCAAAAAAGAAAAAAAUCUCUCUAGCAGUGAUUCAGAUGAGGAGGUUUCUUCACCAUCAUAUGCAAACUUCCACACCAGUGAUGUUGUCAAAAAACAGAUGGAGAGAAUGGGUUUCAAGCAAGAGUUUGGUCUUGGAAAGUCAGAACAGGGAAAAUCUGAGCUUUUAGUGGACAGGAAGGAAAGACUUCCUGUUAAAGAUGAGAUGAGCAGUACCCCUCAACCAGGAUCUGGCUACAGUACCUUUGCUCAAAAGCAAAUGGAAAGCAUGGGCUUUGAACAGGGUAGAGGUCUCGGCAGAUACGGACAAGGAAGAUCUGACAUUAUUGAGACUUCACAACAGCGUGGAAGGCGUGGUCUGGGAUUCAGGGUCGAAGGUUUUGAUGACAAAGAUUUUACAUGGCAAGAGGAAGAAGAGGUAGUCAUAGUAGAACCCAGGACAUGCAUUCCAUCAUGUCCCCGACAACCACCAACACGAGAAGAGAUGGAGGAUUGGGUUAGAGUUAGUAAGAAAAAAUUGUUUAUUGACGAUGAAACAGAAUUCUGCAGUGAGGAGGUUCUGUCAGAGGUUCUUGAGAGCAAGACUGUUUUUGACGCUCUCAGUGGUGAUGAGUUCCUCAAAGCCAGAACACGGGCCAAUCCAUAUGAGUUAAUCAGAGGUGCUGUCUUUCAGAACAGGGCAGCAAUGAAAAUGGCCAAUAUGGACUCUGCUUUUGACUUCAUGUUUACCAAUCCAAAGAACAACAGAGGAAUGGACAUGGUUGAACCGAAUGAGUUGUUGUACUUUGCGGAUAUUUGUGCUGGACCUGGUGGGUUUUCAGAGUAUGUUCUGUGGCGAAAGGGCUGGCAAGCUAAAGGAUUUGGCUUCACUUUAAGAGGUGACAAUGAUUUUAAGCUUGAAGAGUUCUUAGCUGGAACGCCAGAAACUUUUGAGCCACAUUACGGAGCAAACGAUGACGGAGACAUCUUCAAUGAAGAUAAUUUGGUUGAGUUCAGAAGAUUUGUGAUGGAGUCAACCGAUAACAAAGGAGUUCACUUUGUGAUGGCAGAUGGGGGAUUCUCUGUGGAAGGGCAGGAGAACAUACAAGAGAUUCUCAGCAAACAGUUGUAUCUAUGCCAGUUCCUUUGGGCAAUGUCCAUCCUAAGACAAGGGGGCCACUUUGUCUGCAAGUUGUUUGACGUGUUCACUCCAUUCAGCAUUGGUCUUAUUUAUCUGAUGUACAGAGCGUUUGAUGAAGUGUAUGUCUUCAAACCUGUAACCAGCAGGCCAGCAAACUCUGAGAGAUAUCUAGUGUGCAAAGGACUUCGUGGAAACAGUGAGGCUGUCCAUGAGCACAUGUUCAAUGUGAAUGUCAGGAUCAACAAAUUAAAGGCUGGAGCCGUGGAAGACGUCAAUGAGAUUGUCCCGUUGCAUAUUCUGAAGGAACAUGAAGAGUUCUCGUCAUAUAUGAUUGAAUCAAAUGAAAGGAUUGGGAGGAUACAAGCUAACUCACUGAAGAAAUUAAGAGCUUAUGUACAGGACACAACAUUGAUGGGUCCUUACGAUCAAGGAGUUGUUAAGAAAAGGUGUUUAGAGCAGUGGAAGAUUCCAGAGCAGGCUCGCGCAGCUCAAAGGAUGCCAGAUCCUGAUAUUAAAUUUGACGAGCUUUGGAAGGGAAUUGACGAUGAUCAUUGCUUUGACUCUGAAGCUACAUUGUUAACUUCCCGGAACAUCCAAAACCUCAAAUGUCUGUACAAUUACAAGUGUUUCGUGUCUGGAGGGGGAAGGUUCUUUCUUAUGGGCCUCGGGCGAGGUAACAUCUACAAAUGGGAUGGCAAACCAAACUUUAGUAGCUCAAUCAGGUGGCACAAGUUGGAAAAUUUUCAGCUCGAACUUCCUCGGGAUAGUCUGAUUGAGGUGGAAAUAGUUCAGGAGCUUCGCGGAGAAGGCAAAGGACAGAGAAGAUCUGCAGCAGUUCAUAUUGUGGAUGCUGUUAUUCUUGGGGGCAAAGAUGUACGAAGUAAACACUACCAUGAGAGAAUGGCUAUGGCAGGCUUACUUAUAAAAGCUGUCACCAAACCAACAUGCCCAGCGAUGGUUCCUCUGAGGCUCAAACAAGUUUUCCGUCUUGACAGUAGUUCGCUGAAAGAAAUAUUCUCAAAGAUCGAGAUGAAAGUUGUCAAAGGAAUGGGGAGAGAACCGAGGGAGUGCUUUUUGCUGGAAGAUGGAAGACAUCUUGUCCCUAAAGGAAUUUUUUUCAUUAAACGUAUUCAAGAACCGUGGACUUAUGCUCACAGCCGCUCGGCUAAGAGGUUAUAUUUUUACAACAAAGACACUCAUGAGUCCACGUUUGAAAGUCCUAGAGAUUCGGUGGCUUCUUUCAAAUCAUCACUCGACACACGGUAUUACUGGCCAUGGGAAGAUGUGGGUACAAGUCAAGAUGAAGGACCAAGAGUGGAAAGAAAUAACCUCAUUGAAUUCUUUACCGCUGCACAAAAUGAAUUCAUCCAUGGUCCACCGAAGAAGUAAAAUCACCAGCUUAGAAAAGGGGUGCGAUAAAUCUGUUUACAAGGCUGUCUUUAUCCUUCUUAUCAAAGGAAAAUAAGGAAAAUACCUUCUAAAAGUGAGGCAGGUGACUGAUCACGGGAAAUUAUCGUGGAGGAAAGACAGUUCAACUUGUGGACACGAUUGAAGGAAAAGUAGGAUCCGUUUGAGUUGGCCACUCCCCAAGGACUUGGGGAACGGCCGACUAUACUCUUCUCUCACUUUUCUCAGUCAGUUGUUGCUUUGCAAACCAUAGUAAGAUGGAAUUGGAUCCCAAACAGCACAACCGGUUUGUUUUGCAAAAUAUGUCCCCUGCGUUACCUAGUACACUUCUAAAACAGUAAUCCUCAAAUUGAAUGAAAUUCCCAAAAUGCGUUACCUUAGUAUUCGUUUGUGAAUUAUCUUCUUAAAUUCCUAGCUGAAUAACGUUACCAAAAUUCGUUUGCCACUUUCCCCUAAAAUAUGUAUACUUCGGGUUUGUUUACCAUCGCUAACUGAGCGUAAAGGGGGGGACUUGCCAAUUAACUUCCAAUGUGGUGGGGGGGAUUGUAAGAUCAUAUUGGAGAGCCUUAAGAUAGGAUCAACUAAAUUGUAUCACGACACAACCAAAAUCCUCUGACCACUAACCCCCCCUCCUCUACCAUCCCUAAAAACUGCUUAUGUUAAUGCAAGCCAAUCAGAUUGGAGCAAAAAAUAAACAAGCAAACAAAUUGCAUUUGUAAUUAAUCAUUCCUUUUAUUUGUGGUUUAAAGUUUUAUAACAGGUGUAACACUUCUAGGUGUCAAUGCAACUUGCUCAAUUAAAAGCACCAAACUUCUCUUCUCUUUCUAGAGAAUCA